CCCCGGAUGUAAACUUGACCUCAUGGUUAUUAUUAUACAUCCAUGAUUGCCUCGCGGUCCUUUUAGCUUCACCUGUGUCCUUCAGGGUCGCGCGCUGAGGUGUUUAUGAGGAACAGGAGUCAGAUGAAGGUGAACAGGGGCUCGCGCUGCACCAUGCAGUCUGCACGCGCACGGACCACUGUUGUUGUGAAGCUCGACUGAGCAGCAUGGAGCUGUUCGGCUGGAUGAAGGCGGCCGGCAGAGCGACUCCAGGUGGCCUGAAGAGGGCCGGGAACCAGAGGCUGGACAACAUGAACCAGAGGCUGGUCCACAUGCAUCCCAGCGCCGGGUCAGCGAGGGAGGCGUUGAUGAAGCCCAGAUGUGCAGCUUUUUCCUCUUUCUGCGGCGGAGCAGCGAGCGAUAACCGUCUGAAACAUCUCAGAGAGGCGUCGGCGAUGUUCUCCGGACACACGAGGUCCUUCACCUCCGACAACUCGGACAACUCAGGAAACAUCAAGGGAACCGUGAAGCCGCACAAACAAGUGCUGAGUGACCGCUCGAGAGAGAGGAAGGUUCCCGUCACUCGGAUCGGACGCCUCUUCAACUUUGGAGGUCUGGCGGUCGGACUGGGUUUCGGAGCGAUCGCUGAAAUGGCGAAGAAGAGUUUCCAGCCUCAACAGAAAGGAGCUCUGAGCUCGAGUGCCUUUCUGUCCGAAGCGAACGCUCAGAGAAUCGUUCGGACGCUCUGCAAAGUGCGAGGAGCCGCGCUGAAGAUCGGGCAGAUGCUCAGCAUUCAGGACGACGCUGUCAUUAACCCUCAGUUGGCCAAAAUCUUCGAGCGAGUUCGACAGAGCGCUGAUUUCAUGCCCCCCGGACAGAUGAUGAAAGCCGUGGGCAGCGACCUCGGUCCUGAUUGGAGGAGCCGUCUGGAGUUCUUCGAGGAGAAACCGUUCGCGGCAGCGUCGAUCGGGCAAGUCCACGCCGCCAGGAUGAAGGACGGACGAGACGUCGCCAUGAAGAUACAGUACCCCGGCGUGGCUCAGAGCAUCGACAGCGACGUGAACAACAUCAUGACGGUUCUGAAGCUCAGCAACAUGCUGCCUGAGGGUCUGUUUCCGGAGCACAUGAUCGAGGUGAUGAGCAGGGAGCUCGCUCUGGAGUGUGAUUACCUUCGAGAGGCCGAGUGCGCCAGGAAGUUCCAAGAGCUCCUGAAGGACGACCCGUACUUCUACGUCCCGGACGUGGUCCCGGAGCUCAGCGGGUCUCACGUCCUCACCACGGCUCUGGUGCCCGGAUUCCCUCUGGACCGAGCCGUCGACCUGAGCCAGGAGCUCCGGGACGAGAUCUGUGAGCAGAUCCUGAAUCUGUGCCUCAGAGAAUUGUUCGAGUUCAGAUACAUGCAGACGGACCCCAACUGGUCCAACUUCUUCUUCGACCCUCAAGCUCAUAAGGUUGCUCUGCUGGACUUUGGAGCCACGAGAGGAUUUGAUAAAAGCUUCACCGACGCCUACAUCGAGAUCAUUAAUGCAGCGGCUCACAACGACAGAGAAGGAGUUCUGAAGAGAUCCAGAGAGAUGAAGUUCCUCACAGGAUACGAGUCCAAGGUGAUGGAGGAGGCUCACGUGGAGGCGGUGAUGAUUCUCGGGGAAGCGUUCUCCUCCACGGAGCCGUUUGACUUCGGCUCUCAGAAGACGACGGAGCGGAUCCACAGUCUGAUCCCCGUGAUGCUGAGGGAGCGCCUCACCCCCCCGCCCGAGGAGACCUACUCUCUGCACCGCAAGAUGGCCGGGUCCUUCCUCAUCUGCUCCAAGCUGAGGUCCCGCAUCUCCUGCAACAACAUGUUCAGAGAGGCAUACGAGAAGUACUGGAGGGACGCCAAGUCUGAGCAGAGCUCUGCAUCUGAAUGAAGCUUUGUUAAUACAAGUUAAAUAAGCAAAGAAACUCCAGUCAGGAAUACAGAGACACGAGGAGGUCAAAGGUAUGAUAAUACAAAUAAAUGCAAUAAAAUAAAUAAUGAAAAAUGAAAUAAGAUGACGCUAACUCUCCGGAGAUCUCUGGAUAAUCUCUUUACUGCUGAUAUCCUAUGUUCACUGAUACAAGUACAUGAACUCUGAACGUGUGCAUCAUGUUUCCCUCCAGACUAACGUGGACUUUUUAAAGUUGUGCGUGAAGAUUUGUACUUAUAGUUUGCAGCCUGGUUAUUGCAGGAGCAGUUUGGUGUUUUUGUCCCUAAUCAAGUGAACUGAUAUGAGUACAUAAAUAAAUCUGAAUGUCUCAAUG